CACUCAGCCCCUCCCGCGCGCCUCCUCCCCGCCCGCCCCGCCGCUCCUCCUCCCUGUAACAUGCCAUAGUGAGCCUGCGACCACACGGCCGGGGCGCUAGCGUUCGCCUUCAGCCACCAUGGGGAAUGGGAUGAACAAGAUCCUGCCUGGCCUGUACAUCGGCAACUUCAAAGAUGCCAGAGAUGCGGAACAAUUGAGCAAGAACAAGGUGACACAUAUUCUCUCUGUCCACGAUAGUGCCAGGCCUAUGUUGGAGGGAGUUAAAUACCUGUGCAUCCCAGCAGCGGAUUCACCAUCUCAAAACCUGACAAGACAUUUCAAAGAAAGUAUUAAAUUCAUUCACGAGUGCCGGCUCCGUGGUGAGAGCUGCCUUGUACACUGCCUGGCCGGGGUCUCCAGGAGCGUGACGCUGGUGAUCGCGUACAUCAUGACCGUGACCGACUUUGGCUGGGAGGAUGCCCUGCACACCGUGCGUGCUGGGAGAUCCUGUGCCAACCCCAACGUGGGCUUCCAGAGACAGCUCCAGGAGUUUGAGAAGCAUGAGGUCCAUCAGUCACAGGUGCAAGCCCACGUGGAUGCAGAUGUGCACGUGUGUGACGUUUCGGAUUUGUUUCCAUCCUCUCCAGUAUCGGCAGUGGCUGAAGGAAGAAUAUGGAGAGAGCCCUUUGCAGGAUGCAGAAGAAGCCAAAAACAUUCUGGAGUAGACGCUGCUAUCCUGUGACGCUUCAGAGCCUGCUGGUCAUCAAAAACCAGAGAGAAUGUUCUACACGCUGUUUCCCAGGAAACAAGUGGGAUUUGAUCAGGUGGAUCCUGACCUCGCACUCGGCGUGAUUUGUGACUUUGGUGGCUUUCCCUGCAGUGUUGCCAGACGCUGCUGGGCGUGUCCCCUGCUUCCCUGCCCUCCUGCCCAGGCUCAGUGCAACCUCUCCAGUCCACCGUUUCCCAGUCCUUAGAGUAGGGGCAGGAUUUCUCAGAGUUUUCUCUUCUGUAACAUAUCAGAUGGAGAGUCAUUAAAAGAUAGAAGUGUCUUUUUGAUGUGUGGCCUUUGGGAGAAAUUAGAAUCGUGAAAACCAUUUCCGCCCUUCAUUGUUGCCACAGCAACAUGUCUAGAAAAUGAUAGAAUUUUCUAUUAUCACCUUUCUUUAUCCAAAACUUUGCCAGAUUGGGGUCCCAGGAUAAUUUAUCCCAAAACUCCAGUUUCUAGCCCAUUUCUCGCGGUGCUUGGCUCCACAGAGCUGAAGAUUCCUGAAACGGCACGUGUUGCCUCCCUCAGGGCUGUGUGUUCAGCCACAUUCAUGUUUAUAAUGUGGGAGGAAAAGGUUCUCCAGUAGUGGCCAGACACCCACCUCGUGGCUCUCCAGACAGGUCAUGAACCCCCUGAAAAUCUCUAGGUCUCUAAAAGAGUGGAUAUUUUUUACGGUAAAUUAACAGCAGCUGAAUUCUCCAAGAAGACAUGGGUUACCCCAUUUACACUAAGAGUCCUCAGAAUUUCUUUGAAUAGCAACAGCAGCUGUUCUGUAAUGCAAACCAAAGGACAGAGAAACUUUUUUUUUUCUUUUUUACUAUGGUAGAGUUUUGAGUGCGCAAUGGGGAAUUCUGGGCGUCUGAGUGGUUUCAAGCCUUUUUCCUCUUUAAAUAGCAGGUCACACUGGGCAUGUUUCAUCGCUGAUACCAAUUGUUUUAUAUCCUAACAGGCAACACAGACUGCCUUACAAGACACACCCGUGCUGACCCCCGGCCCCGCCCCUGGCCGUGUUGAACUUGGGUGACCAUGCAUACACAUUAUUUUCCACAGAAAGAUACACACCAGAGCUCAUUAGACAGCCCAUUGGGUUGCAUCAGGUGCUAACAGACACUGCAGCUGUCUGACCAGCAAAAAUAUUGUGGGCUUGCUGUAACGGUCAUUUGGCUAGCUAGAAUGUGGGGAAUCUGAUCUCUCUGUUUUUAGGAGAUUAUUUCCCAUAGUUAAAGGAAGUCACUGGGGUUGGUUUUAACUCCUAUUUUGAUUUUCUUCUCCUACAAAACACCAUCCUCUCCUAAUUUUUUUCAUGCUUUUUGAAAACAGCUUUAUUGAGGUAAGAUUCACAUACCAUAAAAUUCACCUGAGGUCAGGAGUUCCAGACCAGCCUGACCAACAUGGAGAAACCCCAUCUCUACUAAAAAUACAAAAUUAGCUGGGCAUGGUGGCACGCAUCUGUAGUCCCAGCCACUCGGGAGGCUGAGGCAGGAGAAUUGCUCGAACCCGGGAGGCAGAGUUUGCAGUGAGCCGAGAUCAAGCCAUUGCACUCCAGCCUGGGUGACAAGAGCGAAACUCCACCUCAAAAAAAAAAAAAAAAAAAAAAAAAAAAAAUUCACCUGCCUGCAGUGUACAAGGAUUUUUAGUAAAUCUCCUGUGGUGUGCAGCCAUCUCCAUCAUCUGGUUUCAGAAUAUUUUCAUUGCCCCAAUAAGAUCCCGCUGCCUAUAUGCAGUGAAUACAGUGAAUUCCCGUUCCCACUCCCCAUAUUGACAACCACCAAUCUCCUUUUUGUCUCUAUCAGUUUGCCUUCUUAGGACAUUUCAUAUAAAAAGAAUCAUGCCAUCCUUCAUGUCUGGCUUUCUUCACCCAGCAUAAAGUUUUUGAGAUUCAGCCCCCUGGGGCACUUCUGGGCGGAUCUUUCCUUUUAAUUGAACAGCCUGGUUUCUUUCUUAUCGGAGUGCAGGACUGAUCACUAGUGAGUUGCUUCUCACAGUGGUUCUCCACUGGGGCCGACUGCCCCCUGGGGACAUUUGUCUGGAGACAUUUUUGGCUGUCACACCUGGGGUGGGGGCUGCUCCUGACAACAAGAAGAUAGGGGAAGCUGCUAAGCCCCCUGCAAAACACGGGGCAGCUUCCGCAGCUGGGAAUUACCCGGCCCAAGUAUCACGAGAGCCAAGGUGGAGGAUCUUGUGUUAGACUUCACUGAAUUUUCACUUACCAUCCAGGUAUCUGUCUAGAACCAAGUGGUGCUCGAUGGAAAUCUCCUUCCCUUUGAGGGUGCUGCAUGCCACUGUACUGGAGUUUUUGUUUAAUUUUUACAUAUAUUUGAAAUACAAACUCUUUUGUGGAAUUGAUGACUUUUCUUACCAUUUGGGUACAUUCUGGAAUCUCCUAAAAUAUUAUUGGUAGUAUGCACUGUCCACGAGAGGAAGAUGAGGAGAAAAAGAGUACAACUCUUUGUCUCCUGGUUGAGAUACCACACAACCUGGUUUUAGCAACAGAAAAAUAGCAAGUGGUUUGGCUGAUGCAGGCUAAGAUCCCAUGAAGCCGCAGAAACAGGUGGGAAGCUUAUGGUGAAGUCAUCUAAUAAAGUAAAUCCAGUUUAUUCAGCAACAAGUUGCAUUUCAUUUGUUUUUGUGGUGUGAGGACCAAUGUUCCACAUUCUGGUUAUAUUUUGCCAGUGCUGCUCCAGAAUUUUGAAUCUACUGUUAUUCUUAAUAUGAAGGAAUGAAGUUCACAGUGGGGUAGAGGUUAAAAGGAAACAGAUCUAAAGAAACAAAACUAAAGAAGUUCUUAUGAUCCAGCAUUUGGCACAGUAUAAAAUCCCUUCAGGAGCAAGAAGAAAUCAGCCUGAAUUAAAAUAUUUUGUUUUAUCUGAGACCAGGGACUUGCUGACCACUUACUUCUUUUUCUCUGGGGUGGCUGAGAUGCCAAGACAUGAAAUUCCAUCUCUCAGUUCUUUGGAGCUCUGUGUGUUGAUGAAUUAGAAACAAAGCACUGUUUGGAGCUUAAUAACGUAAAAGGAGACUGCUGUGAUGUGAGUCGGUAAACUGUAGUUGGCAGAGGGUACCUUUGGGGAUUUGACAAAUAAACAAUGGGGCAUUUCAGCUGCCCAGGCAGUCUCCUCUCCUGACCCCUGUUUUGCUUCAGUGGGCAAGUCUGCCUUGGCCCUAUGAGGAGGACAUGGGGAGGUCGUGGGACGCGCUCCGGGGGCUCUGCUGCAGCCUCGGGUCCCUCAUCAACCCUCCUCUUUGUUUUGACACAAAGAAUAACAGCACCAGAAAUAUAUGGUGAGAGUAAACUGAGGGCAAAGGACACACAUAAUGCAUGCAUGCACAUGUACACAUGUACACACAACACAUGCAUCUACACAUACAUCUGUGCAUAUGCACAUGCAUACACAAUACAUGCAGAUACACAUAUAGCAUGUGCACAUAGGCACAGAUACAUCCACACAUCCACAUGUACAGAAUGCUCACAUACACAUACUAUGUGUGUACACACACAAUAACAUGCAUGCACAUAUAGCAUGUGCACACACAAUACAUGCAUACCCACAUACAUGUGUGCAUACACCUGCAGACACAGACAUGAUGCACGCAUACACAUAUGUGCACAUGUGUACAUAUACGCAAUGCAUGCAUACAGACAUACACAUACGAUUCAUGCACAUACACAUACAAAGUGUGUAUGCACACUCAUACAGGACUCACAUACUCACACACACAUUCUUCAGCGUUAUUGCAGGCACUUGGACACAUUCUUUAUUCAUCACUGCCGGAUCAAUAUUGUGUCCUGUGUUACAGAGGAGGAAGCUGAUGCUAAAAGAGGUUAAAUAAUUUGCUCCGAGCCACAUAGCAGGUAAGUAAUAGAGCCUGGAUCGAAACCACGUUCUCUCCAAAUCUGAACUCCAAAGAGAGAAGCAGCACAAAGGAAGUAUUGCCUUUAAAAAGAUGUGCCUCCACACGCGGGUAUUCCAGCCCAGUCAUCCCAACACCACUGAGCACCAUUCAGCUCUGCUCAACGAGGGCAUGGAAUUCUACCUGAAUGUGAAGCACAGGAGUGUGAUAAUAGACUUAAUCUCUCUCUCUCUCUCUUCCCCCCCGCCCCCCCCCCCAGAAAGAAGGAGAUGUAAGAGAAGCCCCCUGCCCCCAGCACAUGUUUCUCUAAACCAUUCCAGGAAUAAGUAGUUUGCUUUUUGGCUGUGGGAGGUGGUGGCGAUGGGAGGGGUUCUGAAUUCUCUGUGCACAUCUCCUCUCUCCAGAGUCGGUGAGAGGAUGAAGCUCUGAGAGUCCCAGGGAGGAGAGUGGUUAGUGGUUGCUGUUACAGUCCCCUCAGGAGUGUGUCUGUUCUUCCCUGGAGGUGACAUUCAGUCCCCCAGAAAUGUUUGCAGCUGAUGGAGGCCUGUGGACUCUCCAGGAGCAGGAAGCUCCCAGCUCUGUGAGAAGCUGUUACCUGUGAGAACUUGACGCCCCAGCUCUGCUCCCUGAACCCACAAGCUCCCUGGGCAGAGCUGGGCUCAUGGCCCCCAGGACGUCCCUUCUCUUUGUUUCUGUGAUCGUGUUCUCAUCCUUGGGUCUUUGGAGACAUUUUAUUUUGUAAAAUCAAGGAUUUCAAUUGCUAUUAUUAUAAUUUUUUUUUUUUUUUUAGGUGAAGUCUCGCUCUGUUGCCAGGCUGCAGUGCAGUGGCGUAAUCUCUGCUCACUGCAAACUCCGACUCCCUGGCCCAAGCGAUUCUCCUGCCUCUGCCUUGCGAGUAGCUGGGAUUACAGUCGGGCGCCACCACGCCCACCUAAUAUUUGCAUUUUUAGUAGAGACGGGGUUUCACCAUGUUGGCCAGGAUGGUCUCGAUCUCCUGACCUCGUGAUCCACCCGCCUCAACCUCCCAAAGUGCUGGGAUUACAGGCAUGAGGCACUGCACCCAGCCAUUACUAUUAUUUUUUAAAUGGGGACUCUGGCACUCAGGAACUGUUUAUCCCAAUUUUGGAGACAUACUAUGACCUAGUGUGCAGCCAGGAAAAAGUGACAUCAGCCCUAAAAAUAGUGAAAUUCCUCAGGCCAUUCAGCCUUUGCCAGACGCUGGCUUCCUGCACAGCCGAGUGACUGGACUGCGAAUCCAUUCCACGCUUGUUGACCACCUUCUCUACCAGUGAAUGCAAAGCAUUUCAUUUCUUCUUAAUUUCAACAAAUUUUAAUGGACAAAAAUUGUAUAUGUUUAUGGAAUACAAUAUAUUUUGAAAAUAUGUAAACAUUGUAGAAUAAGUACAAAGCAUCCAUUGUACAAUUGAGUGAAUAUAAUUAAUAACAAU